AUUUUUAUAAAUUAGAUGACACAAUAAAUUAUUUAUACGUAAUAUACUAUAAUGUAUUUCUCAAGGACGUGGAUAAUCAAUCAGGAGCAAGGAAAGUUGGUAUACGCCGUGAUCAUAUUGUUUUUAAUAGUUAGUUCGGUGUUUUGCGAAGUGGAAGUAAAAAUUACCAAAGGAAUUUUAAAAGGUCAAAUUUUGAAAUCUAGAAAUGAACGACCUUAUUACUCGUUUACUGGUAUACCGUAUGCAAAACCACCUGUUGGAAAACUUCGAUUUGAGGCUCCGGAACCAAUUGAUCCAUGGGAUGGUACAUUAGAUGCCACUAAGCAUUCAAACGCAUGUGUCCAAAAACAUGAAACUAAUAGCAGUGAAGAUUGUCUAUAUUUAAAUGUAUACACGCCAAGUAUAGAUGCUGAUUUUCCCGUGAUGUUUUGGAUUCACGGAGGGGCGUUUUAUUUAGGACAUAGUAGUCCGAAUAUGUUUGGUCCGGAUUAUUUUAUGGAUACAAACGUAGUUUUGGUCUCGAUUAAUUUUAGACUAGGCAUAUUAGGUUUUUUGAGUACCGAAGACGAUGUUAUACCUGGAAACUAUGGAAUGAAAGAUCAAGUUCUGGCAUUACAGUGGGUUCAAGAAAACAUUGAUAAAUUUGGUGGUGAUCCUGGAAAAGUUACUAUUUUUGGCGGAAGCUCUGGUGGAGCCAGUACUGGUUAUCAUAUGUUAUCGCCGAUGAGUAAAGGCCUAUUCCAUAAAGCUAUACUCCAAAGUGGUACUCCAUUAUGUCGUUGGAGUACGUAUCUGCCGGGUGUAGCUCGCGAUCGAAGUAAAAUAAUUUCACGUUUAGCUGGAUGCGAUGGAAACUCAUCUUCUACAAAUAUGUUGAAAUGUCUCAAGGCGUUACCCGAAAGAUUUUUCAGUGAUGUGUAUGAAAAACUUUGGGAAUGGCGAUCGUAUCCAACUGUAUUAUUUUCGCCAGUAGUGGAGCAAUGCAACUCUGGUCGAGAAGCAUUUCUUUGUCGUCAUCAGUUGAACGAGUUCAAACAAGAAUCAUUCGUGCCAGCCAUUAUCGGAUUAAACUCAGCUGAAGGUGGAAUGAUAGUUUCUUCUUUGUACAAUGACACGUCUAUUCAAUAUCCAGAAUUGUAUACAGGUUUUAAUCGCUUGUUAUCGAUCAUACUAUCACAUCAGCAUUUUACAUUGGAUUUGGAUGAAAUUGGUGAAAAUGUAUUUAAGAAAUAUUUUCCAUCUGGAAAAAUUGGAGAUCAUUCACAUUUUAAAACUAUAGAAAUGAUUACCGACGGUCGUUAUCUUCACGGUAUAUUAGACAUGGCUUUCAAACUGGUGUCUCCAGUGUAUUUUUAUUUAUAUGAUUAUCAAAAUGAAUUUUCAUUUAAUACUUUAUAUGGUAAAUGUAAUAAAAAAUUAGGAAUCACACACGGCGACGAGUUGACCAGUUUAUUCAAAUCAGAUACCAUAAAUCCUAGAAAAUUAAAUUUAAGAGACACGGCGGUUUCAAAGCUGAUGGUUGAUGUUUGGACAAAAUUUGCUACAGCAAAAUUACCUACUAUUGAUGGUACAAUAAAUGGCCCAGCUUGGCCUACAUUCCAUUCACAGAGACAAUCAAUACUUCACAUACAUUCAGAUCAUCCAGAUAUUAUACAAAAUCCGUUUGAAGAAAAAUAUAUAUUUUGGAAUAAAUUGCCUCUUCUUUCUAAUUUCAAGAAAGUUAUUUCUAAAAAUAAAUUUUCUUCAUAUCAUAUGAAAAAUGAGUUGUUUUGUCAUUUUUAUUAUCAAUUAAUAAUUACAAUGAAAACAUGUGGUAUUCUUAUGCUACUAGUCGGACUCGUAUUCGGCACGGAUAAUACUUUGAAGUUAAGUCAAGGAAAGAUAAAAGGUAGUGUUUUUAAGUCAAGAAAUGGACGAGAUUUUCAAGCAUUCCAGGGAAUACCUUAUGCCAAACCACCGAUUGGAGACCUUAGAUUACAGGAUCCUGUAGAAGCAAAUUCAUGGAAGGGUAUUUUAGACGCAACCAAAGAAAAACCAAUGUGCAUUCAAAAAAAUUUGUUCAUGUAUCAAUCAUAUAAUACACUUUUGGGUGCUGAGGAUUGUUUAUAUAUUAAUGUAUACACUCCUAAGGUCCAUAAAAAAAAAAAUGACUUGCUUCCGGUAAUGGUUUGGAUCCCAGGUGGAGGUUUCAGCUCAGGACAUGGAGGUAUGAGUUUAUACGGUCCUCAAUAUUUGCUAGACAAGGAUGUCGUUGUUGCUUCUUUCAACUAUAGAGUUGGACCUCUAGGUUUUUUAAGUACCGAAGAUGACAUUUUACCGGGAAAUUAUGGUAUGAAAGACCAAGUUUUAGCAUUGAAGUGGGUCAAAAAUAAUAUUGAAAAGUUUGGCGGAGAUCCGAAUAAAGUAACAAUAUUUGGUGAAAGUGCUGGAUCAGUCAGUGUUGGAUUACAUUUAUUAUCUCCACUGAGCAAAGGAUUAUUUCAUAAAGCAAUACUUGAAAGUGGGACUCCCCUAUGUCGAUGGGGUGUAUCUCCUCCUGGAUGGGCUAAACGUAGAGCCUCAGCUCUAUCUACUAUUUCUGGAUGUCCUGAAGACUCAAAACAGUUGGCUGAAUGUCUGAGGGAUAUGCCUGCAGAAUUAUUAGUAGAUCUUCUCUACAACUUAUUUGAAUGGAAAGUGUUCCCGGCAAUCACUUUCAUGCCUGUUGUUGAAAACUGUGAAAAUAAAACAGGGUUUUUAUGUAAAUAUCCUUUGGUUGACUUUAAACAAGAAACUAAUGUUCCAAUUUUAAUGGGUAUGAACUCCGGAGAAGGUGGUCUUUUUGCUGCUCGAAUCUAUAAUGAAAAAUGUGAAGUCGACCUCGAAUUAAAGAAUAAUUUUAAUCACUAUAUUUCAUCGUUGCUUAUUUAUAAAUAUACGGCAAAGGUGUCUGAUCUUCCCAUAAUUAGUAAAAAAAUAUACAAACGUUACUUUGUUAAAGGCAAUAUGGAUGAUCCUUUAAAUUCUGUUAAAAUGAUUAGCGGUGGAAUUUUUCUAGAUGGAAUAUUUGAUAUGGCAAUCAAACUAUCAUCACCGGUUCAUUAUUAUGUUUAUAAUCAUACAAAUGAGAUGUCAUUUAAUUCAUUUUUUGGACCAUGUCCUAAAAAAUUAGGUGUAACGCACGGUGAUGAAAUGAUAAGCCUAUUCUUUACAAAGGACCAGGCUGAAUUAAAAGGGGAGGAUCUCAAUGUAUCUAAACUUAUGAUCGAUAUAUGGACUAGUUUCGCUAUCACUGAUAAACCCACGAUUGAUGGUACUGACAAUGGAAAAAAAUGGCCGCUGCUGGAUUCCGAAAGUAUGCAAUAUCUGUUGAUUAGUUCAAGUAAACCUAUCAUAUCCACGAAGCCAUUCAUAGAAGAGUACACAUUUUGGAAAAGCUUACCAUUAUCAUCACAAUUUAAGAAGACUGAAGAGGUUUUAAAAACUGAACUUUGAUUUAAAAAACAAUUAAAUGCAAGUUUAUACAUAUAUAAUAUAUUAUAUAUUUUUCUAAUGUGAUAACUCGUUUUAAACUAUUGAUAUAAACUGUAAACUAUGAGGUAAAAAUGUAAAAACACCUAAAUGUUACUAUAAUUAUUAUUUUUUAAUUGAAUUAAACACUAUAAACAAUUUUUA